AUGGGGCAAACCCACUUCGACGUCAAUGGCGAGACUGUGGUUGUCGCAGGCGGUUCAAAGGGCCUCGGUCGGGAGCUGGCGCUUCAACUGACGGCUGAAGGCGCAAAUGUUGUGAUCGUCGCCCGAUCACCAGAACCCCUGGAGGAAACCCGCCAAGAACUGGUCAAACAUGUCCAAAACGAGGAGCAGACGAUCCGCACGGCGGCCCUCGACCUGACAGAUGCAGCCCAGGUUGAAACCUUCAUCAACUCGUUACCGACCGCCCCAUCAAUCCUCUUCUGCGUCGCAGGCGGCACGGCAGACGAAAUAGGGUUCUUCGUGGACAUCACCCCAAAAAGCAUAGAAUCAUGCAUGUCUCGGAACUACCUCGGCGCUGCGUAUAUCUCGCAGGCGCUCCUCCGGCGGUGGGUCAAGGAGCAGCCUCGUGGAGAACCGAGAGCGCCCGCGGUCAAGCGCCACAUGGUCUUCACUGCUUCCACGGCUGCGUUCGUGGGCUUACCGGGUUAUGUGGCUUAUACGCCAUCGAAGACUGCGACCCGGGCGCUCGCCGAUACGCUGCGUCAGGAAGUACUGCUGUACCGCACGCACCAGGAUAUCAAGAUCCAUUGCAGCUUUCCGGGGACGAUCUACACGGACACCUUUUACAAGGAGCAGCAGCGGAAGCCGGCCCUUCUCAAGCAGUUGGAGGGUAGUGAGGCUGAUGAGGGUGGACUGAGCGCGGCACGGGUCGCAGAGAUUACGCUUCAGGGAUUGCGACAGGGGAAGUUCUUCAUCACGAUGGAUAGCGAUACGGAGCUGCUCUUGAAUAAUAUGCGAGGGCCUAGUCCCCGAGACUCGCCUAUCAAGGAUUGGUUACUGGGGGUUGUGGCGAGCUUUGCUUGGCCUUUCUACCGUGCUAAGUGGGACAAGGCUACUCUGCAGUAUGGGAAGAAUCAGGAGCGGAGAAGCAAAUGA